GCUCACAGCGGGAGCCCACCCUUCAGUGAUGCCGACUGCAGUGUGUAUAAUACCAGCGAGGGAAGCUCUGGGAGUCUAGGAGGAGCUGCGGCAAGGUCGACAACAGCAUCCUUCUCCGAACAACAGAAAAGACCAGAGCUGGACGGGAUUUAGUCCAGUGGCUGCGAGCGAGGGAAAGUAACCCGGGGGAUUUUAGAUUUACUGCCUCAGAGGAAGAAGAAGAAGACGGAGGAGGAGAGUGGCUGAAAGUUUCCAGCCUGUAGCCUCAUGUUCCGAGUUAGCUAGCGAGCUAUCGUUCACUAUUACCGCUCUGCGAACGUCUGCCUUGCGCCUUUUCUGACCAGGCGGAGCAGCCUGUUCGUCCCCGGACAGAGGAAGCCAGUUCUUCGUUUUUCACUGGGCGUCUCCCGGGCUUCCACACUUCCUCCAGUUAGUCUAACUGGCCAUAACGUGGCUUUUUCUAUACGGUUUUUGCGUUCAUUGGUGUUUCUUCUUGUGCCAUGUCUGCGCCAUCCUCCGCGCCUUCCGCCCCGCCAGAGAACACUGCGACAGAACAUGAUUUUCUAGCCCCUGAUGCGGGGCAGAGGCCGCCCGGUCCGACGCCCAGUCAGAGCCGUUUCCAGGUGGACCUUGUGGCUGAGGCAGCGGGCGCCGCCGAAGACAAGUCCCCGAACUCUGACGCCUCCUCAUCGGUCCCAUCCGGCGAAAAGGCUCCUCAAGAGUGUCCGGGUGCUGAUUCGGGGGCCGGUGGAGAGGAAGCCAAAGGCCGGUUUCGGGUGGUGAACUUCGCGGAUCCGAGCGGAGCGGGGAGCGCGGCCUCUCCGGAGGCACCGCCGGCUGAGGGGCUGCAGAACGGGGACACGGUGAUGAGCGAGACGAGCUUGCAUUCAUCCACAUGCGGCCAGCAUCACUAUCACUAUGACACCCACACCAACACCUACUACCUAAGGACUUUCGGUCACAACACCAUCGAUGCCGUGCCCAACAUCGAUUUCUACCGGCAGACAGCGGCACCGCUGGGGGAGAAACUCAUCAGACCCACCCUGUCGGAGCUGCACGAUGAGCUGGACAAGGAGCCAUUUGAGGAUGGGUUUGCCAACGGAGAUGAGCUGACCCCGGCUGAGGAGGCUGCGGCUAAAGAAGCAGCCGAGUCCAAAGGAGUGGUUAAGUUCGGCUGGAUUAAAGGAGUCCUGGUCCGCUGCAUGUUGAACAUCUGGGGUGUGAUGCUCUUCAUCCGCAUGUCCUGGAUCGUGGGUCAGUCUGGAAUUGCUCUCUCCUGCUUGAUUGUUGCCAUGGCAACAGUAGUGACGACCAUCACCGGCCUCUCCACCUCUGCUAUCGCCACCAACGGGUUUGUACGAGGAGGUGGAGCGUAUUACUUGAUUUCCAGGAGUCUGGGACCAGAGUUUGGAGGCUCUAUCGGUCUGAUAUUUGCCUUCGCCAAUGCAGUGGCUGUUGCCAUGUAUGUGGUGGGCUUUGCUGAAACAGUUGUGGAACUUCUCGCCGGUGCAGACGCUCUCAUGACGGAUCAAACAAACGACAUCCGGAUCAUCGGCACCAUCACGGUCAUCCUCCUGCUGGGCAUCUCUGUGGCAGGAAUGGAAUGGGAGGCCAAGGCGCAGAUCUUCCUGCUCAUCGUCCUCAUCACAGCCAUCAUCAACUACUUCAUCGGAACCUUCAUUCCUGUCAAGGCGAAGGAAUCUGUUGGCUUCUUCGGCUACGACAGUGCGAUCAUGUGGGAGAACAUGGGUCCGAACUUCCAAGGAGAGACGUUCUUCUCCGUCUUCUCUAUCUUCUUCCCUGCAGCCACUGGUAUUCUGGCUGGAGCCAACAUUUCAGGAGACCUCGCUGACCCUCAGCUGGCCAUUCCCAGAGGAACUCUACUGGCCAUAUUGAUCACAGGAAUAGUCUACCUGGGUGUCGCUGUUUCAACAGGCUCCUGCAUCGUGAGAGACGCCACUGGGAAUGUGAAUGACACUCUCAGCUCUCAGUUCAUUACCAACUGCACUGAUGCUGCCUGCAAAUUCGGCUACGACUUCUCCAGCUGUAAGAAUACUAAGUGCGACUACGGACUCCAGAAUGACUUCCAGGUGAUGAGUAUGGUUUCUGGUUUUGGGCCCAUCAUCACUGCAGGAAUCUUCUCUGCCACUCUAUCCUCAGCUCUGGCCUCUUUAGUCAGUGCACCUAAAGUGUUCCAGGCUCUGUGUAAAGACAACAUCUACCCCGGCCUGGGCAUGUUCGCCAAGGGCUACGGCAAGAACAACGAGCCCCUCCGAGGCUACAUCCUGACCUUUGGUAUCGCCCUGGCCUUCAUCCUCAUCGCUGAGCUGAACACGAUCGCUCCCAUCAUCUCCAACUUCUUCUUGGCGUCCUACGCCUUGAUCAACUUCUCUGUGUUCCACGCCUCACUGGCCAACUCACCAGGGUGGCGUCCCAGCUUCAAAUACUACAACAUGUGGGUUUCCCUGGCCGGAGCCGUUCUGUGCUGCGUGGUGAUGUUCGUCAUCAACUGGUGGGCCGCUCUCCUCACCAACGUCAUCGUCCUGGGUCUGUAUAUCUACGUCAGCUACAAGAAGCCAGAUGUGAACUGGGGCUCGUCGACCCAGGCUCUGACCUACCACCAGGCCCUGACCCACACUCUGCACCUCAGUGGAGUGGAGGACCACAUCAAGAACUUCAGACCCCAGUGUUUGGUGAUGACAGGUUACCCCAACUCUCGCCCAGCUCUUCUGGACCUGGUCCACAGCUUCACCAAGAACGUGGGCCUAAUGAUCUGUGGUCACGUCCGCACGGGCUACAGAAGGCCAAACUUCAAAGACCUGGCCACAGACCAGUCCCGGUACCAGCGCUGGCUGCUGAAGAACGAGACCAAAGCUUUCUAUACCCCGGUGUUCGCCGAGGACAUGAGGCAGGGCUCUCAGUACCUGCUGCAGGCCGCUGGUCUGGGUCGCCUCAAGCCCAACACCCUGGUGCUGGGCUUCAAGAACGACUGGAGGGACGGCGACAUGAUGAACGUGGAGACUUACAUCAGUAUGAUCCACGACGCCUUUGACUUUCAGUUUGGUGCUGUCAUUCUGCGACUGAAGGAGGGUCUGGAUGUGUCCCAUAUCCAAGGACAAGAUGACUUGCUGUCCUCCCAGGAGAAGUCCUCAGUGAUGAAAGAUGUGAUCGUGUCCAUAGACACCAGCAAAGACUCUGAUGCUGAUUCGUCCAAGCCGUCCUCCAAGGCCACCAGCCUCCAGAACAGUCCAGCUAUACAGAAAGAUGACGAUGAUGAUGGCAAAGCUCCAACUCAGCCCCUGUUGAAAAAAGACAAGAGGAGUCCGACUGUGCCGCUGAACGUGUCUGACCAGAGGCUGCUGGAGGCCAGCCAGCAGUUCCAGAAGAAACAAGGGAAGGGCACCGUGGACGUCUGGUGGCUGUUUGAUGAUGGAGGUCUGACCCUGCUGAUCCCCUACCUGCUGACCAACAAGAAGAGGUGGAAGGACUGCAAGAUCCGCGUCUUCAUCGGAGGCAAGAUCAACAGGAUCGACCACGACCGCCGAGCGAUGGCCACUCUGCUGAGCAAGUUCAGGAUAGACUUCUCUGACAUCACUGUGCUGGGAGACAUAAACACCAAGCCCAAGAAGGAGCACGUGACGGCCUUCGAGGAGUUGAUCGAGCCGUACCGGCUGAAGGAGGACGACAUGGAGCAGGAGGCGGCUGAGAGGCUAAAGAACAGUGAACCGUGGAGGAUCACAGACAACGAGCUGGAGCUGUACCGCGCCAAGACUAAUCGUCAGAUCAGACUCAACGAGCUACUGAAGGAGCACUCGAGCACAGCCAACCUCAUCGUCAUGAGCCUGCCGCUGGCCAGGAAGGGCGCCGUGUCCAGCGCUCUCUACAUGGCCUGGCUGGAGGUGUUGUCCAAGGACCUGCCGCCCAUCCUGCUGGUGCGCGGCAACCACCAGAGUGUCCUCACCUUCUACUCUUAAACACACACACAGAAGAAAAUCAAGUUUUUAAAUCUCACAUCCCCUGUCUGCCUCUGGGUGCAGACACACACACACAACACACACACACACACACACACAAACACACACACAUCCAUCCCAUUUACAGUCGACACCUCAAGGUGCAGCACAUAAACUUCAGAGACGGUUAAAACACACACACACAGCCACUGAUGGAAAUAACGCUGGUUAUGUCAGUAAAGAUGGAGGGAGAGAUAUGGGUUGAGAUGUGUAAAUGCUCUACAAGUAAUGGAGGAAUGUCAGGGUUGGGUUGGGGUGGGUGAGGGUUGUGACGUUGCCCACUCUGCUCCUUUCUUUCACUUCUUUCCAAGAUGUCUGGGUUUUUCUCCUGUAGCUCCAGUUUCUUCUAAUUUUACUCAGCAAGAAAUUCCGUUUUGUCAAAGUUGAUUUCUCUCAGGCUCCAGACCAGUCGUGCACAAAGUUCACGUUGUCGUCCUCAUGAAUAUCUUGAUGUCAUACUUGUUGAGUUAGUUGGACCAGUCGUUGUGUUUGUGAUGCAGCAAUAAUCACCCUGUUGUUUUCCUUAAGUCCUGAGAUAGAACCAUGCAGAAUGCUUUGCAACACCUUCUAAAGCCUUAUGGAUGUGCCUUCCAGUUGAAUCAGAAGAAAUAAUCUCUAUCCAGAUUGACAAUAGUACCUAUUAUAUUGGUGGAUAAUAGUUAGUUUUAUUGAGUUUUUAAUGUGAUUCCUUCAUAGUUGGAGCGUUGUGUUAAUGCCGGUGGAUUGCAUGGAUUUAAUGAAGGGUCUCCACUUGAUUGCAGACUUUCUCUGUCGUUUCUACUUUACCCGAAUCAACAUGUUUAUUUUGGGCCAUAGCAUUUAAAUUAUAGUCAAAUUUUGGGGUCUUCCUUUUUAGAGCUGGUAAAUAUUUACACCUCAGCUACUUGAUAGAGACACAAUUUAUCUUUUAGGCACAGCGCCUAAAAAAUUGUACAUGGGUCUUAAAUUUAAGAUCUUUUUUUUUUUUUGGGAACUUAGUUUUUCUCGAGCCUCGUCAGGCGUUAAGCUAACUCUCCCAUGUAGCUGCUGAUUGACUGAAUUACGUGUUUCUUUGUGUUUCUGUGUCUAUGUUCUUUCCCUGUGAAGAAAUCACUCGACCCAACAAGCUAGUUAAAACUUUGCCUUAAUGCUACAACUAUUAACAAUUGUCACGAGUUCCUUUCCUCUUAUAAGCCAUACUGGCUGGACGGUUAGUGGGUCAAUUCAGACGAUAACAAUCCAAUAGUAACGUGUUAGAAGUGUUUCAGCACAGCCGUCUUCUGUACUGUAUAUGCAUCUCAAUUUUCUUCCCAUAGUCCAGCUGCAGGGGUCUGUUAGAGCGCUGCCCGCAGGCCGGCGUGUUGCUGGUCAGGCGGUCGGUGGCCUGUGUGGCUGUAUGAUAGACGCUGGUCUCCCACUCCCACUAAGAGAGAAUGAAUGACGUGCAGGCUUCCCCUCUGGAAGACUUGCUAAUAGGAAGAAUGUGACAUGAGAAUGUGUCCAGGCUGAGUAAAGCUUUACCUCUAUGCAUAUGAGCUUGUGUUUCAUCAGUACUUGUAAUAAAAGUCCGUCGCUCCUUUUCGUGAACGGAUCCGCUCCCCUCGGUCCAUUUAAAGGGGCACGUCUUUGCUUGAAUCCUUUCUCUGAACAGCACUGGCACUGUGGCUCCAGUAGAAGCCACAUCGAUCAUUCACAGUUUGAAUCACUGAUUUUCUGAACAGCUCAAACGUAUUUUCGGAUAACCACAUAGCUCUGAUGUAACUACCCUGAUUUAAAAGCUGGUUUCUGCUGUUACUGAUCUGCAGCUGCUGCUUUCUGGAGAAGUAAAGUUACGUUUAUUUUGAAGGUGUGUUCAGACUGAAUGUGUCACCACUGCUUAUGAAAUCAAUGCAGAGAUGCAAAUGGAGGCAAAGACACAUUUGCUUGAGUUUAAAUGUUUCGGCAUGAAGAAAGAUCCUGAGGUUUCAUUUCACGAGGAGAAACAAACCAAAGGAGUUGAGUCUCUGUACAGAGAAAAAAGACGAAUGGAAAACUAUUGAAACAACAACACGACACAAAGAUGAGUGUUCAGUCUGAACACGCCUUGAGUUCAGUUUAAGUUCCCUCAUUAAUGUUCUUUUUGCCCUGAGAAAUCAAUAGUCCAUUUGAACAGUGGACAACCUGAGGGGGUCGGUGUGAGCAGGAUGAGGUUUUCCUCCCUGUCCAGUUCAACUGUUAAACUGUUCGGCCUAGAACUGGGGAUUAUUGAUUAUCGAUCAGAAACUGCCACAAAACUGAUGAAAUAAAACAAGGUUCUUUUUAUUUGUAAUCCACAUCUUUUCCCUCAGAAACAGUUUUAGCAUUUAGCUCGUUACUUUAAUGUAUCCUGUCUCUUACUGUAUGCAACUUCAGAAGAGGAAUGUGACACAAUGCUUAGGUUAGUUGAAUGUACUGUAUAAUAAUGAACACUACCGCUAGGAAGUAGCACACAUAGCCUCCUUUUCUUUUCCAUUCUCUUGUAUAUGAACUGUAGUUAGCAGCGUGCUGUGUGUCGGCUUCACCGAGCUGUUAGGAUUCACACAGCUGCGUCCCAUCACUCUGCACUCUGCGUUAUGAGUGUGUAUAUACAUUCAGAACAUACACGUUAACUAUAUGCUCACCGGUGUAUUGAAUAUACCCUUAGUAAACUUUUUUAAACCUUGAAGGUGCAGUCAAAGACCAUCCCUGGUUCACAUGUAGGAGACAAAAGCGGCCCCCAAAAGACAAAAUGUCUUCUUGGACCCAGUCUGGGUUGGACCUGUGGAAAACCUUCCCAAACACACCGCACAAUAAUAAUGUUUCAGUAGAAGAGACCAGAGGAAAAGUAAACCUGAUCCAGAAUGUGAUCCAGAACCUAAUCCAGUUAGACCGAAUUCAAUCUUUCUAGGACUGGUGAAUGUCUGGUAAAAUCAAAAUCUCUCUACCUCUGCUGCUUUGAUUUAAAAAUCUGUCACGCAGCUUUAUGAAAGUACAACACUAAAUCACUGCAGCUACACUUCUUUCAUGUAUGUCAGUGCAACUAUUGAAUCAUUUCCUCUUCGUACAAAGUAGUAAAGUACGUUAAUACAGGUCACAUGCUGUACUUUAUGUCAGACUUGUUUCAAACACCCAGGAGUCAGAGGGAGGUUUUGAUGUUUGGGGGCCGCUGGUGUGAACUACCACAAAAUGGAGGAGUGUAUCUUUAAAGUUGGUUCAUUGUUCUGCUGUGAAGCGCUCACCCUCCCUCGCUGUUAGAGAGCAACAUUACAAACAAGAACACGGGUUACUCUAUAUUUGUACAUUUAAAGAAAAAACUAUAUAUCUAUACACAUAUAAAUGUAUCAGUCUGAGCUGGAGGGGAUCUCUGUCUUUAUUAUGUAACUUUCAACGAAACUAAAGAUCCUCCUGUCGACAUUGUGCAACCAAAUAAUAGUGUUUGUGUGUAUUGUUUUCUUCAUUUAUGUCCUGAUAGAUAGACUCUGACGCUUGUCUAAUAAUAUACUGUGUUCUCUGAACAAACCAAAUGUCACCUUUGCUCAUACGUCAGCCGCCACGUCCCGUGACAUCCUCUAAUCAUUGUAUGUCAUUUUUUUGCCAAAGCCCCUCUACUCUCCAGUCCCCCCCCCCACCCCCCCGUCAUGUGUCGAGCCAUGAUGAUGGAUAACAGUGUAACAAAAACCAUAAACUGGUCUUAAUAUCUCAUGGUGGUGGACACCUGGUCCACACUGCAACUUCAACUAACCUGUAAAUAAACUUUGUAGUCUAAUGACAUAAAUUAAGGGAGUGGAAAAACUACGUCGAAUUUCAAUAUGGAGAAAGAUAUUUAUUUUAGUUUAGACUCUUCUCCGCUUUUUUUCUGUCUUUAAUAUUUUGGUUUUAGAUGUAAGUUAAUUUGCAUGUUGAUUUUUUUUUUUUUUUCUUUUGUUGCCUUUUUGAUUUUAGCAGAUUGUCUCUUUUCUCUUUGAGUCUGUAUUUCUAUCUUUUUUUCAAUGCCUUUUGAAGAAGAGACAUCACGACAAAGGCAGAUCAAACCUGUUUUCUCCUGCUUUCACUCUUAACGUGGAUGGAAUCGACCCAGCCGGUUGAAGCAGUAAUGUUUUGAUACACUGUACUGUUAACAGUUACAGAUAUGCUUUUUCUAACAUUUUAACAUUUAUGAUUACCAAUACUUUGUACAUCUUUAUUGCAAUAAAUAAAACAAAUGAAAUCA